GGAUUUGGGACACUGGGAACAUGGCGGCUGUCUUGGAAAAUGAAUUGGACGUAGACAACGAAGAUUAUUAUUCUCUGCUCAAUGUCAGCAAAGAGGCCACUCAAGAAGAGCUAAAGUCCUCCUAUAGGCGACUGUGCAUGCUGUACCACCCUGACAAGCACAGAGACCCUGAGUUAAAGAAGCAGGCAGAACAACUCUUCACUUAUGUACACCAGGCAUAUGAGGUUCUUAGUGACCCACAGUCCCGAGCCAUAUAUGACAUAUUUGGAAAGAAAGGCCUGGAGGUGGAAGGCUGGGAGGUGGUGGAGAGGAAAAGAACCCCUGCGGAGAUCAGAGAGGAAUACGAGCGUUUGCAAAGGGAGAGAGAUGAGAGGAGGCUUCAGCAGAGAACAAACCCUAAGGGCACAAUAAGUGUGGGUAUAGAUGCAUCAGACCUCUUUGACAGAUAUGAGGAGGACUUCGAGGAUGUACCAGGAGGAGGUUUUCCCCACAUUGAGAUCAACAGGAUGCACAUUUCCCAAUCCAUUGAGGCACCUCUAACCAAUUCAGAUACUGCUGUGCUGUCCGGCUCUUUGUCCACGCAUAAUGGCAAUGGGGGAGGAAAUAUAAAUCUGUGUGUGCGACGCGUGACUUCAGCAAGGGGCUGGGGAGAGCUGGAGUUUGGUGCAGGGGACAUUAGAGGCCCUCUCUUUGGGAUGAAAGUAUUCCGUAACGUAACUGCACGCUGCUUUGUAACUGCCCAAUGUGGAUUGCAGUUCUCCUCACGUGGUGUGCGACCCAGUGCCACUACCAUGAUGGCUCGGAACCUGGACCAGAACACUAUGGGCUACCUGCAGUGGCGCUGGGGAAGUCAGUCCGCCAUGACCACCAGUAUCGUCAGGGACACCAAAACCAGCCACUUCACCCUAGCCCUGCAGCUGGGUGUCCCACAUUCUUACCUGAUGAUGAGCUAUCAGUACAAAUUCCAGGAUGAAGACCAGACCAAGGUCAAAGGUUCUAUCAAGACUGGGUUCUUCGGCACUGUGGUUGAGUACGGUGCUGAACGGAAGAUCAGUUGCCACAGCGUUCUGGCUGCCACCGUUAGCAUUGGUGUACCCCAAGGAGUCUCCCUUAAAAUCAGGUUGAACCGAGCCAGUCAAACCUACCUCUUCCCUAUUCACCUGACCGACCAGAUUUUACCUAGCGCUGUGUUUUACGCCACUGUGGGCCCACUGGCCAUCUAUUUAGCUGUCCAGAAACUUAUUAUUAUGCCUUAUGUACGAGCCCAGAAGGAACAGGAGUUAGAGAAACAGAAGGAAGAUUCUGCCUCAGAUAUUGCUCGAAGGAAGCAAGAGGCUGAAGCUUCUGUUUUGCUGAUGCAAGAGGCAGUGAAGGGAAUUAUCAAAGUGGAGGAAUCUAAAAUGGGUCUUCUCAUUCUAAACGCCUGGUACGGCAAAUUUGUGACGGACAACAGUCAGAAGCGCGAGAGAGCAAAAGUCAUCGAUGUGACUGUCCCACUCCAAUGCUUAGUGAAAGACUCAAAACUCAUCCUUACCGAAGCAUCAAAGGCUGGUUUGCCAGGGUUUUAUGACCCAUGUGUUGGAGAGGAAAAGAGUCUAAAGCUUCUCUAUCAGUUCAGAGGAGCGAUGCACCAAGUCCUGUCCGGAGACACAGAGCCUCUUAAGAUACCUAAACAAUCUCAUAGAAUAGAUUCAGAGACAUAGGAGUCUCCGACACAGCACAAGAACGAAGGACAGAUGAAAUCAAUGGACAUCCGGAGAUAGACAGAACAAAUAAAGGGACAGUCAGACAUCAAGUGAUGCAAAGGGCUGCUCCUUUUUUUUUUUAUGUUGUCACCUGUGUAUCACCUUUUUGUUGUCUGGUUAUCUGAAAUCCCUUUGCCAAUCUCACAUCAAACAUGGUCCUUUGAAGUUUUAAGUGAGACUUCCAAUAGAUGUGAGUCUUCCUGUAUGUUCUGUGAUAUCAGGAGAAGGUCAGAUGUCAUAUCACUCCAUCCGUCUAUCCCAGUCAAUGUUAAUCCUACAUGCAAAGACAGUAUAUUAGACCUGAUGAUAUAAAAGGAAAACAAUGCCAGUAAAUGCUCCUCAAACAAAACCGUACUUGACAACAGCUCCAGUCUGGUUCAAACCGUAAUGGAACACAGUACAACCUGCGCUUUUAAUAGCCAUUGCUAUUGAUCUCAAAAUUUUGAUUGAUAAGUGUAUAUGGAUGUUUUUGCUUCUUUGUAUACUGGGUUGAAGAACGGCACAUCGUGCUCACACUGCCUUCAAAAUUGUAGCUAAUUCUCAAUAACACAAAACAAAACAAUUUGUUAUAGAGCAGUCUGUUCCGACUAGAGGACCAUAAUCUCAUUCUUCCCCCGAUUAGUGUGACAAAAAAAGUUUACUCUAUUGUCAAGCCAUAUCAAAGAUACAUGCAAUCAGACACUGUCCCACUGGUCAGUUGUAUUUACUCGUUUGUUGUCACAAUUUAAAUGUAAAAUACAUAAUUAACCGAAAGGUGUCACAGAUUCCACGUCCACUGAAUGGCAAAAACAGAAAGCCUGUUGUUUUUAGUUGUUCUGUACGUUUUCCUUGAACAUUUCUGUUGCUCAUUUCAUGUGAAAUGUCAGCAGCAUUGCAGAGAUUGAUCUAGAGUGAAAAAGCUUAAAUGCCUUUUGGAUAAUUUCUUGGUUCGUGUGGCAUUUAUUGAUAUUUGAAUGAGGUUUGAACCAAAAGUGAUGUAAGUGUAGGGCAGUGCAAUGUUCAGAACAAUUAACAUUUAUUUAAACAUCAGUUAUUUCAAAUGGUCUUUUUGUUUUUUGUAGUAACCCACUGAAAUAUAAAUGUAUUUGUUGUAUCAUUUAAUUGUGCCAUGCCCUCUUUUGUCCCACAUUUAUAUUUUAUUUCACCGUCAUUGUGAAUUUGUCGAUUGGUAGGCAAUGCCUAUGUUAUUUGCAUUAUCUGUACUGGAUGUGUUUAUUUGUGACUGUCUUUAAAGUAGGACAGUACCUCAUUCUUGCGAUGGGCUUUAAAGGAAUGUUCCGGGUUCAAUACAAGAUAAGCUCAAUCGAAAGAAUUUAAGAGGUAUAACCACAAGACAAAGGAUGAGUGUAAACAUGACUUUAGUGUGAUAACGUCACUUACUAACCUUUUCUGUGUAAAGUUAUAGCCAAUUUUACAACUUUCUUACCAUGACAAUGUAAUGUCAACAAACCCUAAAAAAAAUAAAACGACUGUAAAAAUGACAAUUUAAACAACUUUACAGCUCAAAUAAUACACAAGUUUUAAUAGAAGACUUAAUGCAAGUGUUUUUAUAAAAUUAUAAGCUUCACAUUUCUGUUUUUAAACCAUCCAAAAAUUGCCUACGUUCACUUUUGUUGUCCCAAUUCACUUCCAUUGUAAGUGUCUCACUGUAACCCAGAUUUUUGCUUUUUUUAAAGAAAAGGAGGAACAAGUCUAAAUUAAUUUUUGUGGUAAUCAUCAUUAUGCCACAAAUACUGUCAAUUUAUCUUAACUUGUAUUGAACCCGGAACAUUCCUUUGAGGGGGAAAAAAGUGUUCAAUAGCAAGAAAAAUUCAGUGUUGCCUCAUCCACAUUAGAACAGUAUGUUCCUCCACUGAAAACGACAACUUUUGAAAACGCUCUCCAUUAACCCCAUAAUUUGGAAAUCAAUGACGUUAAGAAAUUGAAAACAUUAAUUUCGCUACAUUUACACCUCAUAUCCAAAAAAAUGCAUUACUGUAACUUUGCUACGUUUACGCUCUCAGCCACACUAGAACGGCAUUUUUCUUCACCGAAAACAGCGACUCUAAAAAAAAAAAAAAAUGCUCUCCAUUACUGCAUACUUCGGAAAACAAAGGUGUUAGGAAAUUGAAAACAUAUGCUAUGUUUACGCCUCCCAUUCAUACUAGAAUGGUAUUUUUCUUCCCCGAAAACAGUGACUUUCGUAAACGCUAUCCAUUACAGCAUACCUUGGAAAAUGAUGAUGAUGACAUUAGGAAAUUAAAAAUGCAUUACUGUAAUAUUGCUAUUUACCUGCUGGACAAGUUGACUGACAGUAUUGUCAUGUAUACACAGUCUGAGGGUUUAAAAUCAUUUACUCUUAAUGGCUCUUUUACUAGGUCAUGACAUCAUUUUGUUGUGAUUUAAAAAUAAAUUCUGGUUUGUCAUCCAGUAGUUAUUCAUCUCGCACGUCUCCUGAUGUUUUUAAUAUAGGUCGUGUUCAUGUAAAUGGUUUGUUUAAACCAGAAUUUGCAACUCUUAUCUGAUGCUAAACCUUACAAAUGUAUUGAAGUAUGUUGUCAACCAGAAAAGUAAUUUAAACAAUAAAAAGUGAAGA